AUGGAGCUUGCGAGCUCAGCUUUGGUGGAGUUGAAAGACUUCGAAGGGACCGGCCGGGGCGUGGCUGCCCUGCGCGACACGGAGGAGGGUGAGGUGCUGUUCGAGGUUGAACUCAAGCACUGCUGGACGGCGGAAAGAGCAAGAGUAGCCUUAGGAAUCGAUGGCCAUGGCCUCAGCGAGAGGGAGGCCAUCUUGGCACAUCUCAUGGUUGCAAGCGAGGGCCCAAAGUCCUGCCAUCUACAGCAGCUGCCUCCACUGGAAGAAGUAAACCUUCCGAACUUCUGGGCAAGUGAGGACCUCGACGAGCUGCAGGGAAGCGAGGUGCAGACUCACGCCAUGAGACUCAAGGAGGAGCUUCCGGAGGACUUCUCGCGACUCUGCGAGAGCCUGCGAAAUGCAGGACCAGCAGCAUCAACUCUCGCAAAGAGCAUGAGCUUCGCAAGCUACCAGUGGGCUUGGAGCAUAUACUCCUCUAGGGUCAUGUCCUUAAGUGUCAGCGAUGGCAGCCCGAUUUUCGCCAUAGUGCCAGGGCUCGACAUGUUCAAUCAUUCGCCCUCGAUGCCGCCUGGGCUUUUCAAGUUGGAAAAGGACCGGAACAUGGUCGUCAUGAGGGCCGGUGCACGGCUGGUUGCCGGCGAGCAGGUGUUCAUCAACUACGCGCAGCCUAUGUUCAACAGCCAAAUGCUGCAGUCCUUUGGGUUUCUGCUUGAGGAUGAGGCGCUUCAAAGCUCCCAGAUCACGCUCUCCCUUCAGGUUUCUGCUGCCAAGCUGAUGGUGCAACAGCGGCUCCUGGAUGCUUGUACCGACGGAGGCCACGAGGUGCUUCACAGCCCAGCAGCGGCUGACUUCGAAGGGUUGCAAGAGCUGAUCGUCCGGCACACGCUCACUCUGCAGAAGCCGCUGCCCCCAGCAUUCCUGGGUAUGGUUCGGGCUCAGCACUUGCAGGGAGACGCGCUCCACCCCUCUGCAUCUGCAUCGUGUCUGCAGGGCUUGCGGGGCCCGCAAGCCAAAGAGGAGUUGCGAGCUUUGCUCCUGGUGUCCCUACUCUUGGAGGGCAAACUGCAGGAACUUCGUGGCGGUGAGUUGGAGGAUCGCCGGGUGCUGCAGAGUGGCUCUCUGUCCCGUGCUCGCCGCUUGGCGCUUUUGCAGCGCCACGGUGAGCGACGGGUCUUGUUGGCAGCCCGUGCGGAGGUGGAGCGGCUGCAGCUUCGUUGCGUGCAGCAGGCCAUGGGCCGUUUAACGGAUUGCCAGGAGAAGUGCGAGCAUUGCCCGGAUUGCCAGAAGGCCCAAACGCCUUGGCUGCACCGGCUGCAGGCAGCUUCCCACCGUCUGCGAGCAGAGGUUUCAUCCGUGGCAAGUCUUAGCAAGAGCCUCUUCGACCGUCUGGAUGCUAGCCAUUUAAUGCAAGCCUGCCACCUCAUCAAUCUCUGGGUCGUGGGCAUAACUUCGCCUCUCGAGAUGCAGAAGCUCUGUCUGGCUCCAGCCACCUGGCCUCAGUCCUGGACGCUGGAAAAUGCGCAGGAACAGCCGAAGGUUUGGGAAGAGGAGGGUUCCGAGUAUCUUAAGAUCUACGUGCAGAAGUUGCAGCUAUGGGGAUCUUGGCUCCUGGCCCAAUGGAUGCAUGCAGAGGCCGUUUUGGCGGAGGAGCUGAGUGGGAUGGGAGCGGAGCAGGUUUUCCUCCGCCAGAAGUAUGCCUGGAGCCUUCCAACAGCGGAGGCCCUGGAGGCCUUGCAGCGAAAAGCGCCUUUGUUGGAGGUCGGGGCCGGCAAGGGCUACUGGGCGUCCUUGCUGCGAGAGCGGUCGGUGGACAUCCUGGCCUUCGACUCGGAGUCUGAGCUGGAGCUGGGAGGCGGAGGAGGCGGAGGCGGAUCGAAGUUCUGCGAGGUCUUGGAGGGGAGACCGCCUCGGGCGGUGUCAGAGCAUCAGGCCGGGAGGACCCUGGUCUUGAUGUGGCCGGACUACUUGGGCUUGGGCACCUAUGGCCUGGAGUGCUUGGAGGCAUAUGAAGGCGAAGAGCUGAUUUUGGUGGGCGAGUGGAGAACAAACACCUUCGGAUCCUACGCGCCCGGCAUCUCUCACCACGGCCAAUCCUUCUCUCUUGAGUUUCAAGAGAAAGUCGAGAGUGACUUCUGUCUGCUAGAAACCAUCGAGUUGCCGAGAUGGCCCCUGUUCUUGGAUUGCUUGCAGAUCUUUCGGCGACGCUAG